CUUCCCCCACCACAGGGGCAGGAAAUUUUAGGGUGGACUCCAGAGAUAGCAGUUCCAGAAAGCAGACUCUCUAUGAGAAGAAUGGAUCUUCGGAACGUCUUCAGACACUGGUUCAGUAUUGGAAAAGUGAAGCGGAAAACGAACAUGCCUGAUUCCUCUUCCACAGCAGAUGAAAGCUACUCUGACACAGAACGUCUGUAUGAUCUUAACAUGCCAGCUUAUGUUAAGUUCACAUAUACAGCUGAAAGGGAUGAUGAGCUAUCUUUAGUGAAAGGCACGAAGGUGAUUGUAAUGGAAAAGUGCAGUGACGGCUGGUGGAGGGGCAGUUACAAUGGACGUAUAGGCUGGUUCCCCUCCAACUACGUGACUGAGGAGAAUGAUAGCCCCUCUGGUGACCAAGUAGGAACUUUAUCGGAAAAAUUGGCAGCAGUUGUCAACAAUCUCAACAAUGGUCGCUCACUUCAUGUGGUCCAGGCAUUGUAUCCUUUUAGCUCAUCCAAUGAGGAGGAGCUUAAUUUUGAGAAAGGCGAAAUGAUGGAUGUGAUUGAGAAGCCAGAGAAUGAUCCUGAAUGGUGGAAAUGCCGAAAGAGCAAUGGCCUGGUGGGUCUUGUACCAAAGAACUACGUCACUAUAAUGCAGAACUUUCAGUCCAGCUCAGGUUAUGAGCCAUUGCCUCCCCGCUGUGAUUAUAUAGGGCCAUCUGUCUCUGGACGCUUUGCUGGCCAUCCGUGGUAUUAUGGAAAAGUUACACGGCACCAGGCAGAAAUGGCACUCAAUGAACGAGGACAUGAGGGGGACUUCCUAAUCAGAGAUAGUGAAUCUUCGCCAAAUGACUUCUCUGUGUCGCUGAAAGCUCAAGGCAAGAACAAGCAUUUCAAAGUACAGAUGAAAGACAAUGUGUAUUGCAUCGGCCAGCGCAAGUUUACCACCAUGGAGGAAUUGGUAGAACAUUACAAAAAAGCUCCAAUUUUUACCAGCGAGCAUGGCGAGAAACUUUAUCUAGUCAAGCCUUUGUCUUGA